AUGGCAAUGGGGGUCAGUGUCCUGAAAAAUGAAGUGGCAAUGGAAGAAGAGGAAUUACUGGGACUGUUGCAAGUGAUGGGUGCUCUUCUAGAGGACCCCGACUGGGUCCAAGAGCAUCCACAACCUUGUACGGACACUCCAUGGCCUGGUGUGAAAUGCGAGGUUAGUGAUGAUGACCCGCAAGUAUUUCACGUCACAGAGAUCCACGUUGGUCCUGAUAUAGUAUCUCCACCUUGUAAAUCUUCUGCUUACCUAUCUGUGUCGUUGCUGAAACUACCUUAUUUGAAAACCCUUUCAAUUUUCAAUUGCUUUGUGUCUUCCCCAGUCACACUACCCGCUACACUUUUUAGAUCUCUCUCUUCCUUGGAACACCUAGCUUUGCAAUCUAACCCAUCCCUCUCCGGAGAGUUGCCUCCAAGUUUGGGACAGGCUGCCAGACUUGGAGUCUUGAGUUUGUCCCAAAACAACCUACAGGGUCAAAUCCCACCACAGAUUGGUGGGUUGGUUUGUUUAGAGCAACUUGACCUCAGUUACAAUAACUUAAGUGGUCCAAUCCCUAAGGACAUUGGUAAUUUGAAGAGUAUGACUAUCUUGGACCUGAGUGGGAAUGAGAUUGAAGGGAACUUGCCUUCUUCUCUUGGGAAACUUCAAGAUCUGCAGAAGAUUGAUUUGAAUUCUAACAGGCUUACUGGUGAAGUACCUUCCGACUUGGGAAAACUCAAGAGGUUAGUAUUGCUUGAUCUGAGUCAUAAUUUUCUAAGCGGGCCUAUUCCGGAGACGCUAUCCAGUUUAGAGGUUUUAGAAUAUUUUGUCAUUGAUGGUAACCCCAUAAAAGCAAGGAUACCCUUGUUCAUAGGCAACCUUAAAAACCUCAAAUCAGUGAGUUUCUCAGGGUGUGGUUUGAUUGGCCGCAUACCCAAUUGUUUUUCUACCCUGAAGAACCUAACUGCUCUCUCCUUAGAUAACAAUAGUCUCAGUGGACCGGUUCCUCCAAGUUUAGGAUCACUCUUAAACUUGGAUCAGCUAAAUUUGAGCCACAACAAGCUGAGUGGAGUCAUAGAACUUCCUGAUGAUUUCAUUGAGAAGCUUGGCGAAAGGUUGGAUAUAAGAGGAAACAGUGAGCUAUGCAUAAGCCAUCAGCCAAACAAGGAGAAUCUCUCAUCAUACUUGGAAAUCCCUGCUUGUUUAAGCUCAAAACCCGGAAAUGGAAAAUCCUUAACUGAUGAACCUCCAGAGGACCCUGCAGAAAUGAAGCCAACUCAGUAUUCAAGCUUCUCAUCAUCAUGGCUGCAUCUAGAAGUCACGCUGUUCGCUUUAAUUACUAAUUUUGUCAUCUACUCCUUUUUCUUCUUGUUGUAA